UGCAGGAGAGCGGGUCAGGCUAGCUCAGGAGGAGCCCCCAGGGCAAGCCCUGUGUGACCCUGGCGUCUGCCUCCUCCAGGCUGCUUGGAGGUGGAGCCCCACCAGGAGGGGGUGUCAGGCUGGUGUCACCUCUCCACAGCCCCUUUGAAAAUGGGCACUUUGAGUUGUUCACACCUUCCUGUAUCUGGCUGUUUCCUUGACAACUAUUUAUUGAGCCUGCUGUUAGCCUGGGCCUGCACAGGGGACAUGGGCGAGAAGAAGACAGUGGGGUCAUGGCCUUCAGGCCAGCACAAAAGGGAAUGUGUAAGUGGAAUUUACUGUUCAUGCCAGUAAUAAAAAGUAAAGAGCACAAUUAAAUAUGGUAAAGAGGAAAUCUGAUUUAAAUGGGGAGGAAGUAGUCAGGAAACUCUUCUUUCUUUGAAAAACUGACAUUUAAUAUUUUUUCUGAGGAAUGACAUUUAAGUUGAGGCCAAGAAGUCAGCUGGGUGGUGGGUGGGGCGGGGAAAGCAGAGUGCCAGGUGUCCCCUGCAGAGAAGACAGUGCUUGGGGGAGGCCCAGAGAGGUUAGAGAGGUUAAGGAUUUGCCCACGCGUCCAUGGCUGGCAGGAGGCAGGGUCCUCCAACGUGCGUCUGCUUGCUUUGGUGUCCCAGCUGGCUGCCCGAGUAUGACCUUGGCACUGACUCCAAGGCCAGGUGCUUUGCCCCUGCUAGACAGCGCAUGCGCCGGGCCGGCUCGCCUCCACUGGCAGGUCCCUUGUCCACCAGGGUGGGGCCAGCACCCCUCUGUCCACGUGAACCACGGCCACCACACCAACCUUCUGGCUGUGGAGACGCGACAUGUGCUUCCCCCACCCCAGAGGUCAGCAGGUGUCUCCAGAUGGAAGACUUCACUGCCACAACUUCAGGCCAUUGCUCACAACCUGCUAAGCCGGGACAAUCUGUAGAUGCUUCCAGAGGAAGCACGGCGGCUUCAGCUGCUGCCACAGUCGCCUCUUAAUUCUGUGGACAUCACGACCACUUCCGAACCUCCCUUGCACGGCAACUCCCCGCUCCCAACAUCAGGGCCCGUGGCCUUCUCCUCCACACCACCCUCGGGUCCGCCUUCCACGAACCCCCAACAGACUCCUCUCCUCCUCUUCAGGGCUUUUGCGCAUGCUCUUCCCUGUCCCUGGAAACCUGUCCCCUCCCUAUCCUUUUAGGCUCACUGUCUAACAAGGUUUAGACUCUUGCUAGCUCUCCCUCUGGUGUGACUGCUUACACGGAGCACAGAAAUGUGUGGAAAGCCACCACUCCCGGCACAGUGAGCAGGUGCUGAAUACAUGUUUGCUUUCCAUCUACAUUGUUUAGCAGCUAUUUUGAGUUUGCCUUAGGGCUUAAAAGCAAAGAUUUCUCAAGUCUGACAGAUUAGAUUCUUCAUAUCUUUGCUUUUUUGGCUUUCUGCUUUGUGACCUUGGGCAAGUUGCUUCACUUCUCUGAUCUUCAGUUCCCUGCUGCUAGAGUUACUGUGAACGUAAAUAUGAGAGCCUGUGUGAGAGAUUUUGCAUCCGCCUGGGCCUGCUGUAGGCCUUGGGGGCCCAGGGUGUCACUACUCCAGAGGGAACGUUCUCACAUGCUCCACACUGUGUCCAGCCGCGAGUCCCCUGGAACCGGCAGGGCACCUUAACCGCCAUUCCACACUCCGGAGACUUCUCAGUCCUGGGCUUUCUCUUCAUUCCUUUUCUGCUUUCACCUCCUUUUUAACCUUGGUUUACCCUGUUGACUUGACUCGACCCACUUACACCCCAUUAAGCAAAGCUUUCCCUAGGUAAAGUGCAGUGCUCUUUGAAGUUUAGAAGGGAAUAAUUCCUAGGAAAACCUCUGGAAGAGGAGCCAAGCAGCUCCACCUGUGUGGUUGUGAGUGCUCUUGUUCCCAGGCUCUGUCACGCCCUUGUCACCAUCCCUCACAGCCCCCAGGGAUGUGCUGCUCUCGCAAACUCUGAACAAGGCAGAGGCAAAGUGCCCCCUUUUGGCCCUUCUUUGCAUAGCUGAGACAUGCUGGCAUCUCCAAAGUGCCUCAAGAAACAAUUACGAAGAACACUAGGAAACAACAUUGAAAUAUUGGGGAAAGGAGUAAGUGUUGAGCUUCCAGAUGUGGGUGGGUUUCUGAUUCCACAGCAAACGCUCGCUGCCCCCAAAGACUGUUCACCCGGCCUGGGUGUGGCUCCCCUGGCCCCGGCUGGCCGUGGUGGCUGGGACAUCAUGCUCCCAGCACUUCCCACUGAGACCCAGCUGAGGUGCCACCGAGAGGCACAGGCUUUUGUGGGGAGAGUAUAAUUUUCUUAGGCCCUAGGAAACAAAUUAGCUAGAUAGAAUUUAAAACCUGAACUUGAAGAUUUUAACUCCCUUUACUAGCUUUUUGUAGUUUUUUUUUAAAUUUGGUUAUUUCCUUGAUUCUUCAUUCCUCAUUCAAAGGCAAACAUAUGUACAAAGUGUACACAUGCAUGUGUGACUUCUGGAAGCCAGAGAAUGGAAUUGGUUUUUACCAAGUGGCUUGUAAAAAGGCUUUUAUUACCUCUUAGUUACACCUCUUAUUCCGUAAGCUUUUAUGGCCUUUCGUGGCAUCAGUGCCCUGCAGCCAAAAAGCAUGAGGAGCACAUCUGUGUGUGAGCAAGCUGGGCUUUUCGCAGCUGGGGAGAACAAGCACCAGGAGCAGCCGUGGGGUCUCACCGAGAGGGUGCUAGAAAGACUUGUGCUCCAGGUGAUAUGGGGAAGGUUUAAGGAAGCAAAACUUUGCUCUGGAUUAGGUGUGUCAGGAAAUGUGGGUAAUUCUAUGAUUGACUAUGUUGAUAAACCUUAUUAUCUAGGAGAGAAGACUGGAGCGAGGCUGUGACGGACGGGGAGAGAAGCAGCAGUCACUGGGGUGCCCGGGAUGGGGUAUUUGGCCAUUUGUGGUCUGGACAGUGCUCAUGUUGUUGGUGUUCAGACAUGAUUGCAGAGUGGCCUUGUUUUCAUUCUGACCCAUCCUGAUCAGAGUGGUCUUGUCUGAUGUUGGCGUUCUGUGACAUUGUUUGUGCUCAACAGAACAGCAAGACCUAGUUGCAAGUACCAGGACAGCCCCCAGUAACACCAAGACUUUGCUAAUAGUACCAGCCAGCUCCCAGGUGCCAAGGGCUGCUUUCUUCUAGCUCCAAUCCUUGCUACUGUCGAUGGUAAAAGAAGGGGGGUCAUGCCUGGGUACCAUGCCUCUGUUCAGCCUUGCCAAGGACAGUUCUCUCCCUCUGUCCUGUUCCCAUCUCUCCAAGACAAAGCAUCUGUCCUGAUUAUAGACAAAGCUUCAUAACAUUUGUUUACAUUUCCCAGGUCUUCUGUUCCACGAUGGAGGAUGGGCUCUGCAGCCAGCGCUGUUCACAGACAAGCUGUGCUGUCAGAACCUGUCACCCUCUCCUGGAAGCCUCGGCUGUGGGCUCCCUUGGCUAUAGUCUCCAGUGCAGCCCACCUGACUCUGCCUGGUUAAACUGCUGCACUAGUUUAAAUUUGUGAACCAAUAACAAUUGCUGCUAUUUAUUGCAUAAUUGCUAUAUUUUAGGAACUUUAAAUAUGGUCAUGCAUUUAAAUCAUAUAACAACCUUUGAAAGUAUAUUAUUGCAGUAUAUUAUUAUCCAUUUGACAGGUGAGGAAACUGUGGCUGAGAAAGGCUAAGUAGUUUGCUCAGGUCACCUAAGUGUUGAGUGGCAGAGCUGGGGUUCAAAUCCCAAGCUAGAGCCCCUUCCACUCUGCCACACUGCCUCUGGCUGUUACCUGUUCUGGGAACAUUCGUGGCCCACAUCUCCUGUCUUUUCUUGAUCCCCCAUGCUUAACACCCCAAUGGAGGAAAGAUAUUGGAGAAAUAACACCAGGUUAUUCAGAAAAUGCUACUCUGACCAACUGGCCCCAGAGAUGCCUACGGAACACAGUGUCCCCUGAGAGCACCAGCAUCAUCAGACCUGUGAUUCCCGGUGCUUGCUCCCACGCUUUCAUCUCUGGAAAGGGCGAGGAACCCGGGAAGGCCUGUGCUGAUUUGCCCCAGACACACGCACACUCCUGGCUUCACAGCAGAGAAGACUUGGGAGUAUGCUCGCCCCAAGGAGAGGCAGGAUAUGCCUGAAGCGCAUUCCUAAGUCUAGCCUGGAAGAGUCCUGGGCUCAGAUGCCCAUGCGGCCAGGAAAGAUGGUUUCUGCCACCUUUGCCAAGUUCUGUCUAAAAAGAGCCCAUGUGGACCCCACAUGAGCUGCCUGGUAGCACUAAAGAUUGAGAUAACCUCCCUGGCUUUACCAAUCAAAAGGGAAACACCACCUUCUGUCCACUAGAGGUUCUGGAUUGAUGGGAGUAAUCCAGGGAGCUAGGCGACUUGAUGCUUCUCCAGGCUCUGAACUUUUGCAAAUCUUGCUAGGUGGCUCUUUUCUAAUAGCUUUGAGGAUUUUCAUAGACAGCAGGAAUCCCUCUGCCGCAGCAGUUAGAUGCGUUUGAUUUAGCUCCUUAGCAAAGGUGUGCUGAAGAGCCUACGCCUGACACCCAGCCUGUUGGGUCUCCUCUUUGGUGGCUGCCUUAACACUCUCUCCUCAAUCCUUUCAGGGCAGCAAACCUGCUGCCUGACAAUUUUUGAAUUAUUUACCUGUGAACAACUUGAGAACAGGGUCUGUUACCUUGUUUGUUUCCUAAUAUAUCACCUGGCACAUAAUAGGUGCUCAAUAAACAGAGUGUUUGUCCAAAUAUAUUGAUUACGAAGGCAGAGGCUGUGCUUCAUAAUCCCAUUCAAAGCAUCACUAAGGAAGGUCCUCAAGAAAUGUCUGUUGAUUCAGUUGACAACUGAUCUGAAACAAAGCAGUACAUUUUCAUACAAUCCUUAAUUUCUUCCCUACCACAGUUGCAAAGAACUGGGAAAAAUAAUCUGAUUUCUGCUCAUAGUUCCUACCUCUCACAUGAAUUCUUACACUCGAUCUUAGCCAAAAGGUUGAAAGCGAUACAUGAAUUCUUGACUCUCAGAAAUGUCCUGAAGUUAACAAAGGUUGUGUGUAAGCCGUGAGAGGUCUAGCUAAAAGGCAGACCGUCAUGCGUCAUCCGUCUCUGUGGAGAAGCUGUCGGAGAGUGGCGGUGACGGCCCCGCCUGUCGCCCUCCCUCUUACAGAGCGGCUUUUUGUGCUCCGGGCACCGCGGGUGGGAAGCAGGCAGGUGCCAAGGGCUGUAAGAAAUCCCGAUUCAAGAUGACCCUGCUCAGGUUCUUGAGAGACCUGUGAAGUACCUGCAAAAGCACAGCCCCCAUACUUGGGCUCCUCACAUAUUGGCACAAGCACAACCUUUCGGGUGAGGUGGGCGUUGCAUACAAAUGAGCAUGCAUUUUCAUGGAGAAGAGGAGAUCCAGGAGGAAAAUAUGUCCAUUUUCAGGAAGUUGAAGAGCUGUGAAGCGGAACAGACUUCGGACUUGUCUAGAAUUAUAACGAGCUGUCUCUGAAGCAUAGCUAGAUGACGUUGUUUAUAGCAGUUUCUCCUUCCGGUCUACGACAAAACUAUCUCCAGGGGUGCCGGGCACUGAGCGAUUUGACCCUUGUUGCCGCGACUGCAGACAGGGGCGCCUCCUCUACAGUAUCCCUGUUAGAGCGAGAGCCACCGGCUACUAAGCAACCUAAGUGACAGCAAACUCAUUGCUUUCGUAUAUGCAUUGAUUAAUUUAUCAUCAUUCAACAGAUACUUAUAGAGUUCCUAGUAUGUGUGACUCUAACUCAUUUUCAGGCCUUGGCCCCUCAAAAUAGGUGCUCCCCUGAGUGCUCCAUGGCACACAUCCCUCUGCACUUGACCGUUUAUUGCCUUGUUUGCACUCCCCUCGCUGGGGGCUGCACAGUGGCGGGGGCUGUGUCUGUUUGGCCAGCGAUUGCUUCUCUCAUGUUCUGCACAACCUCCGGCAAGGGUAAUGCUAUCGGCACGCCGUUACUGAUUAAUGAUAGGCUAGUAAGUUAAUUUAUACAUAAAUGCAGUGAGUUUUCUGUCAGUUGAAGUGUGUUUGCAGAGGGUGGAUCCCCACUAAUAAGGAUCUUUUUAAAAUUUAUCCCUUUUGGCACUCUACAGACCACAGCUUACCUUGCGAUUGCAGAUGCCUUAGCCCACUGCCCCGUUAGACUGUGCCCUUGAGAACAGAGGGGUUCUACUUGCCUUUGAAAUCCCACAGCAUAAGCAGGAAAUCAAUGCCUGGGAAAUGUACAAAGAUCUAUUUUCCGAGAAUGGGUUUACAGAACAAGAAUGCUGCUGGAGCACUAAAGCAAAAGGGACAGUAAUGCAAUGCAUUACUGGCUUUGCCAGGCCACUAAGAAUACCUGGUAAACAUUAGCUAAGGUGUAGCCCUUUGCUUGCCAUUAAGAUUUACUGAUUUCAGUAGAAAGGAACCUAAAAUCUAGCAUGUUACAUAACUCAGACACGGGGGACAGUCUCUAAUCACCUAAUAGUUCAUAAAAUACACAUUGCCUUUGUUUGUGGUUAGUUUAAAUGCCAUUGUCUGCAAAGUAGGAUCUGUGCAAUAAUAGGUCUGCUGUGUGAAUGAUGGGUUUGGUUAGUGGAUGAAUUUAUCUUGUGUCCUUGCAUUCUCUAAGAAUAAUUCUUCUCACUCUGAACAAAUAAAUCAACAGCGUUGGCUAACCUGGUACAUGUAAAAGCACCUUCAGUAAAUGCUAGCCUCUCCAGAAUAAAUCCAACAAUAAAGGCUUCUUUUAAAUCUCAGUUGCUUACAUAACAGUGACUGUUGUAUAGAGAGAUUAACAUGGUAUCUUGUUUCUUCCUGGUGUGGUGUUACUUUCAUCUUGCAAAUAUGUACUUGUCCAUGCCUGUGUAUCCACCGGUGCCUUUUGAACACUUGGAAAACUCAGCGUCUCAGAGAGCAGGCCAGGAGGUGGAUGAUAACUCAUUGUUUCUGGCCAGAAGUUAUUGGGCAUGACUUUUAGGAGAAACAGCAAGAGAGCAAUGGGGCGUGGCAAAGGAGGGGAGAGGAAUGCCGGCACCCAGUCCACGCCUGCUGCCCAGGGACCUUAGCUGGUGGUUUGUCAUGUCUUAGCAUGACGGUAUUCAAGCCAUGUGAGGAUGGAAAAAAAAAAUGCCCAGCUUGGGGCUUGGUCUAAGAACAACCAAUUGCUUUGGUUUAAACCACACGGCUCCACCGUCAAAUUAAGUAUUUUCAAGCUAAUACAAAUUAUCAUCAGUCCAUUGACUGAUGACUGAAAUAAAUGAGGCUGAGUCUAAAAGAAAUCAACCUGCACACAGCAGCCAACUCCCAGCACCACCUCCUUACUUUUUCCAGCCAUGGGCACUUCUGGUCAGAGCGUGUCCAGGAUGCUGAUCAGGGUUUUGACAGAAAGGAUGUUCAAACAUCUUCGGAAAUGGUUUGUCACUCGAUUUGGGGGGCAUUCCCGGCAAAGAGCCAGGCUAGUCUCCAAAGAUGGAAGGUGCAACAUAGAGUUCGGCAAUGUGGAGGCACAGUCAAGAUUUAUAUUCUUUGUGGACAUCUGGACGACUGUGCUUGACCUCAAAUGGAGGUACAAAAUGACCAUCUUUAUCACAGCUUUCUUGGGGAGUUGGUUUCUCUUCGGUCUCCUGUGGUACGUGGUAGCCUACAUUCACAAAGACCUCCCCGAGUUCCAUCCUUCCGCCAAUCACACGCCGUGUGUGGAUAACAUCAAUGGCUUGACCUCAGCUUUUCUGUUUUCUCUGGAAACUCAGGUGACCAUCGGAUAUGGAUUCAGGUGUGUGACAGAACAGUGUGCCACCGCCAUUUUUCUGCUUAUCUUCCAGUCUAUCCUUGGCGUCAUCAUCAAUUCUUUCAUGUGUGGUGCCAUCUUAGCCAAGAUCUCCAGGCCCAAAAAACGUGCCAAGACCAUCACGUUCAGCAAGAACGCAGUGAUCAGCAAGCGAGCCGGGAAGCUUUGUCUCCUGAUCCGAGUGGCCAAUCUAAGGAAGAGCCUUCUUAUUGGCAGUCACAUAUAUGGGAAGCUUCUGAAGACCACAGUCACUCCCGAAGGAGAGACCAUUAUUUUGGAUCAGAUCAAUAUCAACUUUGUGGUUGAUGCUGGGAAUGAAAAUUUAUUCUUCAUCUCUCCACUGACAAUUUACCAUGUCAUUGAUCACCACAGCCCCUUCUUCCACAUGGCAGCAGAAAACCUUCUCCAGCAGGACUUUGAAUUAGUGGUGUUUUUAGACGGCACAGUGGAAUCCACCAGUGCUACCUGCCAAGUCCGGACAUCCUAUGUCCCAGAGGAGGUGCUUUGGGGCUACCGCUUUGCUCCCAUAGUAUCCAAGACCAAGGAAGGGAAAUACCGAGUGGAUUUCCACAACUUCAGCAAGACAGUGGAGGUGGAGACCCCACACUGUGCCAUGUGCCUUUAUAAUGAGAAAGAUGCCAGAGCCCGGAUGAAGAGAGGCUAUGACAACCCCAACUUCAUCUUGUCAGAAAUGAACGAAACAGAUGACACCAAAAUGUAACAGUGGCUUUUCAGCCCAAGUAAAGCAAAGUCUCUGAGGCGUGACUAGAGGCAUUAUGAAACAACUGACAGUUUGGAGGUAUGAAAGUAGAGUGAGACCUUUCAAAGUCUGCCAGCACCAAGACCUCUGAGCCCCGUUGCCAUGACCCUACAGGACACAUAGCUCCACAGGGCUCCUGUAUGGGGACACGCAAUGCAUUUGUAGAAUGGAAGCCAAAGAAGCUCACUUGGAAUCCCAAGUACGAUUAUUUGAGAUCACUCAAUGUUUGUAGGAACAGACAAAAUCAUGAAAAGUCUCAUGGACAAGCCAAACAAGAUAUUUUUAAAAGUCUCCUUAGAGAAGUUAUGAGCCUCAGAUAGGAUCAAGGAAUAAUGAUAUUAUCAUUUUGAUUCUAUUGAUAAGAAAGAUUCCACUUUUAUUUUAAUUCUGACUUUUAUCAAUGAAAAAUGUGUCUCCUGAGUUAGGGGAGAUGAACUAACCUAUCAAUGACAAUAAGAAAAGACUGUUACACAAAGAACAGUUUGAGUCUCUAACCUCAUGUAGAACAGGUAGAGACUAAAUCCACACUCUAGAAUCUUGAUGAACACCUUCUGCCAGACAGAGUGCUCGAGUUGAAAGUGGUGGUGAUAUUUCUUUUCAUCUGUAUUGAAUGGGUUAAGGGGCUAUAAAUCUGUUAAAAGGUUAUUUCCUGCUUUUCCAAGAGGGCAAUGAGGAAUUUGAAGGUGCAGAAUCAGUUUAGAAAGAGACAUACUGCUAAUGUUUCUGAGAAGAAAAAAUUUGUUGUGUUUCCCUGCCUAGGGUUUAUACUGAAACGCUAGGUCUAAAGGAAAAGUGAGAAGGAGAAAGAAAUGGGUGUGGCCCACAGGCAGGACAUUGCUGAGCUUUUCUUUCACUGACAGUGAACACCUCAUCUUCCUAAAAGGGAGCGAUUGGCCUUUAGGGGAAGGUUUUACUGUGAAUGUCUUGUUCAGUUCCCCACCUGCAUUAUUAUGAACGUGUCUUAGAAAAAAUCGUACUUAAAGCUGCUUAGAAAUCAAAACGUUUUCAGUGUGUUAAUUAAUAUAUUAAAUUUCUGAA